AUGUUGUUUAGCAUGGAUUUUCAGAGUGCAAUGGAAACCUUCGCUGAAGCUUGGGUAGCCGCCAGCACUGGAGAACAGACACAAGCCCUCGCGCUGACUCGCUCAAAAUCCCCCAAAAAGGACACGUCAGUGCCGGUGUCACCAGCGCACGAUCGCGACUCGGAGAUGGCCAGUCCCAAGGUCACGUCCUGCAACGCGAACGCUUCGUCCUCGGCAAGCAGCAACAGCAGCUCAGCCGAACCACCGACCGAUCGCACGCAAUCUGAAAUGAAUGGUUCGUCAAACGUGAACCACCUGCUGCCGGCGACCAGCAAUGGGGCCGCCGGUUCGUCCUCGUCUUCAACACCGGGACCGGGUCAGGUUCGAGAGCUCGGUGCAAACCUGCAUCCAGCCAUCAGCGUCUCGCAGUCACUGCUAGCGGCCGCUGCAACCGUCAACCGAUCGGUAACGCCACGCAUCAGCGUCUCAACGGCACUCACCGGACCGGAAAACAACGGACCGGGCCCAAAUAUGGCCGGCGGUCACUCGGGGCGUGAUUCGGGAAAUCCCACCAACGGUCCGCACGUCGAUCGAACGAUCCUACAGUCACCGGUCGCAGCCGUCGCGGCUGCCGCUGCCGCCAUGCAGGACCGGAAGCAGGAUUUCGACUUCAGCAAAGUGAACGCCAAAUCCCUGCCGCUUCACUGCGUUGUCGAGUCCGUCAGUUCGUUGCAGGCCACGCUCAACUUCGACGCCCGCAGCCCGUGGAAACGGCGCCCGAACAUCGAAACGGACAGCUACGUCAUCAUUCCGGCUGCGACGCCAUUUUGUGAUAUCGUUACGACCGCCCUGCAGCGGCUCGGCUAUUCUACGGAGAUCUCUAACGCUGCCAGAGGUUCCAUAUCGAUCAAAAACUGGAAGUCCCUCUCGCUGGACGCCAUCUCGGACAAUCCGCUUGUCUCGGUCAGCGACAUUCUCGGCGAGCUGACGUCGAUCGUAACGCUUAAGAUUACGAUCUUGCGCAACAAACCGUCCCAGUUGGCCGAAAUCAAGGAUAAACUGCUGAAGCUGCUCAUUCUCCAGUCACACGCGCUGCUGCGAUCGACCGGUUGUCCGUUGGAUGAGAUAACACUAUCGCAGAUAUGCCGCAGCCCGCUCCAGAACGCGUUCCCGUUCAGUCCGGAAAUUACGGAGGAGACACGCCGCAGUUUCGACCAGUGGUGGAGCAACCAACUCGCACCCCAGCCGAACCCGAUCGCGCACAAGAUCCUACCGUUCGCGAAUCCACCCCAGACCGAUCAUCUUGACUUUUCCGGGCACGGUUUUCCGGGAUUGCACGCGGCCAAGCGCGAUGCGUCCCUGCUCGUGGGCGAUGGUGGUGCGGCGGCCGCGGCCGCAGCCGCUGCCGCCCACCACGUCAACCAACACCACAACCUAGUGGUGCAUCCGGCGCUGCAAACCGUCCACUCGCAGUACCCCAACCAGAAGACGCGCAUGCGCACCAGCUUCGAUCCGGAGAUGGAGCUGCCAAAGCUGCAGCGCUGGUUCCAGGAGAACCCACAUCCGUCCCGGCAGCAGAUCCAGUCGUACGUGGUGCAGCUGAACUCGCUCGAAUCCCGUCGCGGUCGGAAGCCGCUCGACGUGAACAACGUGGUGUAUUGGUUUAAGAAUGCGCGAGCGGCCCAGAAACGGGCCGAAAUGCGGCAGGGCAUGAGCAAUGGGUUUGGCACGCCGAGUCUGAUGUUGUCGCAGGCUGAUUACAUGAAAAGCUCACCGAGCGCACCGUCCGAGGAUAUCGACAAUCUGUCGCAGGACGAGAUGGACGAUGAGCUGGAUCGACCGAUGUCGCCUCAGUUGCCACUUUCGCUGACCAUUCACGAGCGAAACCAUCCGUUAACGCCCUCGGAUCAGACACCGAUCAAGCAGGAGAACAAUGCAGGAUCCUCGAGUCCUGCGCCCUCGCCAUCGCCAGGACAUGAGCUGAGUGGUUCGGGUGGUGCCGUCAACAGUCACGCAUCUUCGGGCACGGUGGGAGGUACCAACAGCGCCGGCACAGGACCGAACUCCACCAGCAGCAUCAACAUCAUCAACAACAACAAUAACAACAACAGCAGCAGCGCGACCAACAACAAUAACAACGGGAACAACGAGUCGGCGAAUGAUUCGACGCUAAACGACGAACCGAAGUCAAACUAUUCGAACGAACGUAGCAGCUCACCACAGCGUUCGUCCCGUUCACCGGCCUCCGAGGAUCUCGACAUGGACGAACCGGAUGUGAGCAACCUGGACGACUACCGGUCACCGUCACCGGACUCGAAGCGCCAGCUGCCAUUUCCGAUGAACAACCCGAUGCUGUCGCACUCGAUCAUGUACAUGUCGCAUUACAUACCGGCGAUGCAGGGUGCUGCUGGGAUGCACCUGAAGGGUGACUUUAGCCCGGGUGGACACGGAGCACUCGGUCAGGGUGGACUUAACCUGUCGUUUAACAGUGACGAGCGGCGGAAGCGCAAUCGCACGUUCAUCGAUCCGGUCACCGAGGUGCCGAAGCUGGAGCAGUGGUUCUCGAUGAACACGCACCCGUCGCACAAUCUCAUCCUGAAGUACACCGAGGAUCUCAAUCGCAUGCCUUACCGCCAAAAGUUUCCGCGACUGGAGAGCAAAAACGUGCAGUUCUGGUUCAAGAACCGGCGGGCCAAAUGUAAGCGGCUCAAGAUGUCACUGUACGAUCCGGCACAGCUGGCCAACCUGGGUGAGCAGGCGCAUCUGGCCGCACUGCACGAUGCACCGCAUCUGUCCGGGCUGCAUGAGGCGUCGCAGUUGCAUCCUUUUCACCACGGGGAUCGAGAUUGA